AUGCCUCACCCAUUUGAUCCUCAAGACAUCCCCAUUGAUGAGGAUUCUGAGGUGAACCCGACCAAGAUCUUUUACCUCAAGGGCACAAUCCACUUCAAAAACGAGGCGCAAGUCAUAGACCUCACAGACAAGAUCAAGCGACCAUUUGACGACUUCUCGCAAAAAUGGAUGCGGGAAGUGGGCAAGGCGCUGGAGGAGGUGAAGGACGACCCGCCCAAGUACAGCCUGAACAGCUCCGGCAGCAUGAUGCGCACCAUCAAGAGCAUCGUGGACCAGCAGGGGGAGAAGGUGUGCGACCUGAACAUGACCUUCGUGUCGUUCGACAACUCGUCCGUGCGCUUUCCGCCCGGCUCGAAGCACUGCCGGCACGAGAUCGAGCUGUACCCCGUCGGCGAGGGCGGCACCAUCAAGAACGGCGGCAAGGCCGACAGGCACGAGUGCUUCAUCCGGCACAGCGUCCCGUACUUCUGGGAUCUGACCGGCGAGCAGCAGGGCGUUCUGCACAAGGCGCUCAACCAGAAGCGCGUCGAGGUCGGUAUGGUUGCGGGUUACGGAUGGGGCAAGGAUGCAGUUUUGGUGUUUGACGACAAGGAGGUUGACGAGGUGGUCGCCAUGGCGACUUGUAUCAUCAUGCUGAACGGAAAGGAUGCUAUUGACUAUUAG